AUGUAUUCGAUCCCCCUGGUCAUCGACACGAAUGGUGAGGUCCUCCGUGAGCUUCAGGACUUGGUCAAGUGUUUCAAGGACUUCCCCCUCCCAGAUCAAGCUAGUACCAAGCAGGUAACUGAAGAGCUCCCUUCGUCUGACCAAGAAGCUGUGCGCUCGACUCCAGUAGCUUCGCGCCCAACCCAGGUGGCUCCGUGCCCAUCCAAAGUAGCUCUGCACCCAACCCAGGUGGCUUCGCGCCCAACUCAAGUAGCUCCACGCCCAACCAAAGUGGCUUCGUGCCCAACCCAGGUAGCUCCACACUCCAAAAGUUCAGUGUAUUCCAUGCACCUGGCGCAGCCAUCUUUUCAGGAUGAGGAUGACCAGAGUGUAGGACCUGUGGAAGAGGAUGACAAGGGUGAUUCGGAUUGUGGUGAGAUUGGAGAUAAUGAACUGAUGGAUGCAAUUGAAGACAUUGCAUUGGUGGAUGAGUAUAGGUAUGAUAUAGACCCUGAUGAUGACCUAGAUGACAUUGAAGAUGAUUUUAUGCCAUCAUCCCCUACAAGAUGUCCUACGAGAUAG